UAUGUCGCCGGUCCCAACCGAACCGAACAACGCCCUCCAACUACUCCGUCAUCAAUAAAUAAUGGCGGAGAGGACACGACGACAGAAUUCGAAAGCGUCGAUCGCUGAAGCCCGUACCCGGAGCCUCCACCGCCGCCGGAUUACGAGCCUGAGGAGAGCAAGACCCGCCGAUGGCGCCGUCGGCCGUCGUCCUCGCUGGAUUAGUCAUCGCCGCAGCGGUCUACUGCGGGUUGGACCCUCUAGGCCACAGCCCAAUGGUGAAGUUCCCCGGCUUCGAGACGUACCCGGUCGAGCUGCUUCCAUGGUCGGAGUUCCCCGCCGUGCGGGACCCGGAGGAUCGGCUCCGGGGAGCGGAGGUCAGGUUCCUUAACCAGGUGCAGGGCCCGGAGAGCAUCGCCUUCGACCCGCGGGGUCGCGGGCCCUACACCGGCGUCGCCGAUGGCCGGGUGCUCUUCUGGAACGGGGAGUCGUGGGUUGACUUCGCCUACACUUCCCCCAACAGGUCAGAAAUAUGUAACCUGAAUCCGUCACUUUUUAGUUACUUAAAGAAUGAACAUAUCUGUGGACGACCAUUAGGUCUUCGAUUCGAUAAAAGGACCGGAGACCUGUACAUUGCUGAUGCCUAUUUUGGCUUGCUCAAAGUAGGCCCGCAAGGUGGCCUGGCUGCACCACUAACCACAGAAGCAGAAGGAGUCCCAUUUAAUUUCACGAAUGACUUGGACAUAGAUGAGGAAGGUAAUGUUUAUUUCACAGACAGCAGCACGAACUACCAGAGGAGGAACUUCAUGCAACUAAUAUUUUCUGGAGAACCUUCUGGUAGGCUUUUAAAAUACAACCCGGUUACAAAAGAAACAAUUGUCCUUCAUCGGGGCCUUCAAUUCCCCAAUGGUGUGACGCUAAGCAAGGAUGGAUCAUUCCUUUUGUUCUGUGAAGGAUCACGUCUCAGGUUGAAUAGAUACUGGCUGAAGGGAGAAAAGGCAGGUACAUCGGAUGUUUUUGCAUACCUCCCUGGAUUCCCGGAUAAUGUGAGGACUAAUGAGAAGGGUGAAUUCUGGGUGGCGAUUCAUUGUCGUCAUUCUACAUAUGCACAUCUUAUGGCUGAUCAUAGCAAGUUGAGGAAAUUUUUUCUGAAGCUCCCUAUUCCGGUCAAAUAUCACUAUUUUAUGCUGGUCGGAGGCAGACUUCAUGCGUUGAUCAUUAAGUACGGCCCGAAUGGGGAUCUACUGGAGACUUUGGAGGACAAGGAAGGCAAGGUGGUUAAAGCAGUCAGUGAAGUGGAGGAGAAGGAUGGGAAGCUUUGGAUAGGGUCUGUUUUGAUGUCUUUUAUUGCUGUGUACUGAUCAUAUCCCAGACACAUGUACUCGACAUCACAUAGCACCUUCCCUUAAUUCUACAUGAAUUGCAGAACAUGCAGGUUGGUGAAUGCAUUAGGUCAGAAGAUGUUCUUCUUUCUCUGCGCAUUAGUUUGCUUCCUGUCUUAAGGAAAUUAUGAGUUAUUACUACUUGCAGAUUUGUAAUAACGUUUGAACACUCUUGGUAGAUUGGUGUUUGACUUGAAAUCCUGACGAAUGCAUUUUGCUUCUUUGUUCUGA